GAAAAGUUGGGGAGAAUUUUGUCAUACAAAGAAAACCUGCAAUACGUCUCGUAAGAGAAGCAAGCAGCUUUUCUGCUUGGCCUUUGUGAUUCUUGCUCUGCGUGGUGUAUCCCUCAACGAAAGUGAAGGAUUAUUUUGAAUGAUCAGGGAAAUUCCCUCUGUUAGGGUUUGGAUAUGAGGGUGCUGCAUCGUCUGAGCUUGUGGAUUGUUUCCACUUGAAACUGUGCAAAUUGAGCAUUUGGUUCAGUUCCUUGUUAGAUUCUAAUACAACGCUAGUGUAUUUUUAUCUUUAUAUUCAUUUUAAGGAGCCUUAUUUGAUAACAAGGAACAAAGAAUGUAUGGUAGAGCAGGUCUUGAACGAUUUAAAAAGGCUCAAUCUUCAGACCCAUUCUCAGUCACUGUCAAUUCAGCUCCCAAAACCACUACCCAACAUGCUUCUAAACCAGUUAUCCAUCCCUCAGUUCAAUAUUUGCAGUCUCAGACACAAACCCAAUACGAGUACCAACCCUAUGUUCCUCAAAAGCCAGCAGGGCUUGAGGCAGGACCAUUGGUUGGGCAGACUCAGCAGGUGACCCACGUUGGAGGGGGGCAGUCAACUUGGCAGCCGCCAGAUUGGGCGAUUGAGCCUCGACCAGGAGUUUAUUAUCUUGAGGUUUUGAAGGAUGGAGAGGUACUUGAUCGGAUUAAUCUGGAUAGAAGGAGGCACAUAUUUGGGAGGCAAUCUCAUACAUGUGAUUUUGUACUUGACCAUCAGUCUGUUUCACGCCAACAUGCUGCUGUCAUUCCUCACAAAAAUGGAAGCGUAUUUGUAAUUGAUUUGGGGUCUGCACAUGGUACAUUUGUGGCAAAUGAGCGGUUGACCAAAGAUACCCCUGUUGAGCUUGAAGUGGGCCAAUCUUUGCGGUUUGCUGCCUCAACACGAACUUAUAUCUUGAGAAAGAACGAUGCUGCUCUUUUCCCACGUCCUCCACCACCUUCGGAGAUUAAUCUGCCACCACCUCCUGAUCCAUCUGAUGAAGAAGCCGUUGUUGCUUAUAAUACUCUUUUAAAUCGAUAUGGUCUUGGCGGCCCUGAUCUACUGUCUAGAUCUAGCAUAUCUGGUAGCUCAGCAAGUGGUAGAGAUGACAGCCAGCAGUAUGGCAGAGCCUCAAAGAGAAUAAAAAAAGCAAGAGUAGCUUUCAGAGAUCAAGUUGGGGGAGAAUUAGUUGAAGUUGUUGGGAUUUCAGAUGGUGUAGAUGUAGAAACGGAGCCUGGUCCAAUAGGUGUAAAAGAAGGAAGUCUUGUUGGAAAAUAUGAAUCCCUCAUACAGACUACAGUAAUACUGAAAGGUAAGGAACAAUUGCCAGCAAAGGAAAACAAUGCUUCCCAAACAGGUGUUACUAAUAAAUUGCAAGAAGUCUUGAAUAAAGUCAAGACUGUUCCCAAAAGUGGUGUGCAUGAUGACCUUUAUGGAGAAGCAUUUUCUGGCAAAUUGGGGUCUUCCUGGGCGUAUCCUAUGGUUACUUCUGGCGGCAAACUGGAUCCUCCAACUAAGGAUGACAAACAAAAGGAUAUUGCUGCUUCGAGUGGAAAACUAGAGAACAACUCGAACUUGUACAACGAUGACAAUGAUGAUGAUUUAUUUGGUGACUAAUUAAAUAGUGUUGGAAGGAUGCUGUGUUGUUCUUUCAUAGGUGCUUUGGAGAGCAGCAGCCAGUGGACAUAAGAGACCACUGGUUCCUUUGUAGAUGGGAAAUUUUGUUGUAAUUCGUUGGAAUAUCUUUGUAGUGGAAGACCACCCAAUUUGGGAUUUUUAAUUUACAACUCAGUUACAUUUGGACUGGUUUCGAACUUAUUGUUUUAAGCUGGAAGAAAUGAAAUUGAAUUGACUUGUGGUA